AUGUCGUGGCAAACUUACGUGGAUGAGCACUUGAUGUGCGAUAUCGAAGGGCAAGCUGGGCUGAAACUGACUGCCGCGGCCAUCCUUGGCCACGACGGCGCUGUGUGGGCCCAGAGCGCCACCUUUCCUCAGAUGAAGCCAGAAGAGAUCAAAGGGAUAUUGGACGAUUUUGAGGAGCCAGGGACUCUGGCCCCGACCGGUUUGUUCUUUGGGGGAGCGAAGUAUAUGGUGAUUCAAGGAGAGCCGGGCGCGGUGAUCCGUGGGAAGAAGGGGUCUGGAGGCAUAACUAUUAAGAAGUCGGGGCAAGCAAUGGUGUUCGGGGUGUACGAGGAACCGGUCACGCCAGGUCAAUGCAACAUGGUUGUGGAGAGGCUGGCCGAUUACCUUAUCGAUCAGGGCAUGUAGAUGUGUCAUUGCUCAUAAAGGUCUCACUUCACCUUUCCAGGCCCACUUUCAUACUAGAAUUUUCUUCCUUUUUUCCUCCUUUUCAAUCCUUACAUUUAAUAUUCCAAUUCUUCUUUUUUCCAAGUUGUUACCUACUCAGAGCGGUCCAAUAAUUAAUAUCAAUAACGUACACCAAAUAGUGCCUUGGAGUUUCCAUCUGUAGUAGCUUGUUGCUGAAUAUUUAUUUUUGGUAGCAUGAUAGGUUGGAAGGAAUCAAAUUGAGAGAAGAAAGAAGAACAUAGAUGAUCAGCACAAAUUAAACAUUUAUUGAUGGAUACACAAUUAUUGGUACCUUUUUGUUGUUGGUAAAUGAAACAAAAUUAGUGUAAACAAA